CGGCGAUAGAGUCAACAUCCGGCGACGCAGAGAUGCGCACGUUUCGGCGCUCGCCGAGGGAAAAGGGACGCCGCGAUCGUGACUUCGGGACAUGAGAGCGACGAUGAAGCCCGCUAGCCUGCACACCAGCACCUGAGGAGCACACUCGCUUCCAGCAGUACGUGCGACAACGGAUUCGCCCGCGUCAUUCGGGAUUUACAUAAGCUCACUUUUUCGUCCUAAAUUUGAUCAUAAAACGAUCGAGAGGCUACCCGUUCUACCAACGAGGUUAUAGAAUUACUCAUUCCUUGAUUGUUAGUGUGGGUACACUACCAGUACUAGUAAGAAUAUUCUUUACUCGUGUACCUUGUUCCAAGAGGUUCUCGACGUCCAUAAGCAAGGACACGAGAGCCAUGUCAUCAGGCGCAGGUUCCAGUGGAACUGGCCGGGGGCGUGGUUCAUCGCUGGCAGACAAUAAGCCAGAGAGCAAAGAAGCAAAGCCAAAUCCAAAGAUGUCAAAAGCUUUAGGAACAUCUGCCAAAAGGAUACAAAAAGAAUUGGCGGAAAUCACAUUAGACCCACCGCCAAAUUGCAGUGCAGGACCUAAAGGUGAUAAUUUAUAUGAAUGGGUAUCAACAAUACUUGGACCUCCUGGUUCAGUUUACGAGGGAGGAGUAUUCUUCUUGGAUAUACACUUUUCUCCAGAAUAUCCUUUUAAACCUCCAAAGGUCACAUUCCGAACGCGUAUCUAUCAUUGCAAUAUAAAUAGUCAAGGUGUAAUUUGCCUAGAUAUAUUAAAGGACAAUUGGUCUCCCGCGUUGACCAUUUCCAAGGUUUUAUUGUCUAUCUGUUCCCUCUUAACAGACUGUAAUCCAGCGGAUCCUUUAGUAGGAAGUAUAGCAACGCAGUAUCUACAGAACAGAGAGGAACAUGAUCGUAUAGCACGGCUUUGGACAAAGCGUUAUGCUACAUGAACGAUUUGUCAAAACAGUUAUCUCCGUUCUCUCAAAUUGAGGAACGGAUACUUAAGGGAGCCUGUUUAUCUAUAUUAAAGUUUUGAUUAUUCGAACUGAUCAAUUAUAUUUAAUGAAUUAAUCAAAGUUAGUGAAAUAAUUGUAGUGAAAUUAAUUAUAAUCAAUCAGAGAUAAUCGCGUUUUUCUCGAUUAUUCGAACGUUAUUUUUGAUACAUUGAAAGUUCUACAAGUUAUAGUUUACUUAAAAUUAUUUAUUGUACUUUUAUUAUCAUCGAUAGAAGUUAAGUGAAUUAAAGAAAAAAAAAAUGAUAUUUAAUCUGUCGAUAAUAUUUUUAAACAUAGGAUGAAAAUUUAUAAAAGGUAAAUAAAAUUUGUAAGAAAUUAAAUUAAUCGGUAAUUUAUUUAAGUGUUAGUAUUUUACUAAUGAAAACGAAUACUCGGUUAUUCGAACAAAUUUCCCAAAAAAGAAUUUAAUAAUAUAUUGAAUUCUCGUCUAUUUAAUUUGUGUCUCUUUACGAAUAAUAAUUAUUUGAUAAAUUGAUCAUUCGAAUAAUCAUACUUUUGACUCUUCGCACCUUCGACAAUUUAUCGUCUGUAUAUGUAUGUCGAUCGAAGGAUUGCUUUAAAUGAAAGACUCUUCGAGAUCGUCGAUUCGAUCAUUGUGAUGUGCUUUUAUAUUGAGUAUGUAAAUGUGCCUAAGAUGAAUGAAUGUGUGUGUAUGUGCAACCAAUACUCUCUUUUUCACCUUACAACUCUUGAGGUAAAAUUCAUAUCUUCGAGACUGUAUUUUUAUGAAUAUAUUUCAUUUUCAGUAUAGUAAAAAGUAUGCAUCCACAUUUGAGUUGCUAAAUAAAAUGUAAUUUCUUUUAAACAACGAAUUAUAUGUUUAGUGUUAACGUUAGUAACUUGUAUGAGUAGUAUAUUCAACUGGAAAAAAAAGUAAUAUUUUUUAUAGUGUAUUCAAAGAAAAGUACAGCCUAAAGUCCUAAAGUUUUCUAAAUAAAAAUUGUUAUGCAGUGUCUUCCAAUAACGUAAAUAAUAAUUUUUUAAUUGUAAUUAAUUGAAUACUUAAAUUUGGUUCUUUUCAAAAGUGUUCCUCAAGAGUGAAAGAGUGAAAGCGAGAGUUUUCCGUUCUUUUCUUUUGUCCUUUGCUUGUUUUGUUCAUCUGCUCGUUUUAAGAAUUUGCGAUGAGAUAGUAUUUAAAAUGGUACGUCCAUUGGUAGUACCAAAUAAUAUUGAUAGGUUAGGCAAUAUUAUGAACAAUACGAAUAACCCGACUUGUAAUUAAGCUGGUAGUUAUCAGAAGGGGCCCUACAAAUUUUUCAAUUCACUAUUUUGCAUAAAAUACGAAACUUGAAACGAUUUCGUUCUAUCAAAAUAAGACAGAAACUUACUCUGCUCGAAUGCAAACAUUAUCGUACUUAUAUUUAUUCAUGGAGUAUUAAAUUUUUACAAAUCUAACAUUAAAUGAUAAAUGAGUGGCGAUUGCAAUUACUUAAAUAUAAUGCUUAACUAAGUUCAUAAAAUUGAACUUUUAAUAAUUUGAAAAUUUCUUUUUUUAACAAUAUGAUCGGCCCCCGUAAAAUUUAAAUCGUCGUAAUUGUAAAUAGACAUAAUUUUCUGUAUAUUAAUGAUAAAUUGCAAAUUAGAGUUUUCACCAGAUUUUUGUCUAUCAUAUUAAUGAAAUUACUAUUAAACAAUGGUAUUAUCUAAAGACUAUAUAAAAUUGUGUUCUUUUUAAAUAUGAAUUGAUGAAAACAAAUUGAUUAUUCAAAUUGUAAAAUAAACGUUUUAUGUCGACUAAUUAUUCGGAUAAUUUUAAUAGACUACAAAAUACAUAAUAAUAAUAAUAAUAAUUGUUCCUUUUACAGAACAAAUUUGUAGAAAAAAAAAUGUUUAUCGAUGAAUGUCACAGUGUUAUAUAUCGCAAAUAGUUAUGAAUGAUAGAAUUUAAAAUAAUUAAAAAUAUCUAAAAAGCAGAAAAUUCACUAUUUCAGUUAAUUAAUUAUUGUACAGGUCAUAAAAGCGCGAAAAGAUUUCACUUUUAUUUGAUUGGAAUUGCUGUUGAGAUUCUUGUAAAUAUAUUCUGCGAGGUUCUUGAAAGAAAAUGAUAUACAAAUCUUUUGGACCCCUAAAACUGUAUAUAGAUUGCACGUAGAAUUUGCUCUUUUGUAAUUAAACGUUAACAAACAUUUUUAACGUAACGUAUUCCAUCUAAGAUAUUAUAUAAAAGAAAGUGAAAUGAUUCUUUCGAUCAAUAAGAAAAACAAAAAGUUAAUAUUUUAAUAAUUUUCUAAGUAUUCUAAGUUGAAAUAACUAUGAAUCUUUGUAAACUAGGGAUUCUGUAAAAAUUUCAAGACUGUAUUUAAUGUAUGUUUGGAUGUUUGGAAAUUUUAACAAUACUUAAAAAGGGUUUUUAAGACGAACGUAUUCAACCCCUACUAUCUCCUGCGAAUUUUUCUUUUAAGUAUUUUUGUUCUUCACAAAUAGUUUAUAAGAAGCUACAAAAGAGCAUCCUAUAUAAGUAAUGAAUGUUAGUCUGCUAAUCUUAUAAGUGAAUACAAAAUAAAAUAAAAGAAAAAACUGAUUACAUA